CGUUGAUCGAAUUGCAAUGUUUUGAUGCAGCACUCUCAUGCUGUUGCUAUUUUCAUGCCAGCCCUUGUCAUUGCAGGCAACUAGUGAGACGCGCCUCUGUCAGGGUUUCUCCCUGAGACUCGCGCCUGUUUUGGCGUUCAUGCGGCUCUCUCGAAGGGCGUGUAAAUUGUAACAUGAGUCGCUCGGGAUUUGACAACAGGAGGCCAGAGUCUGGAAUAUGAGCCUGCAGGCAGCUGUCACAGCGCUUCUGUCUGAGCUCAUUGGGGGCACCGGUUGCUUCUGCGGGCGGCAGCGUCACGGUUUCAACUCAAGACGUAUGGCGCUUCGGCACCAGCUUCGCCGUUCAUUGUCAAUUUGCUGCCAGUGGUCGACCAUCCAACAUGUAACGACUAACAUCUCAGCUGCCAUGCGGUUUCACUGCCACCAAGAGUGCUCGCGAGUUGCUUCUUCCAGCUCUAGGUGCAGUCCAGCUGGAUUCCGCAAGCUGUUUGGUGAGAAGAUACUGGCGGUGUGAUCACCGGAGGCCUUCAGAUUCCUCCGACUUUCUCAUGUGAUUGCGUAUUUGUGACAAUGACAUGGACAGCGGCGUCGC